AUGAUACCUCGAGCAGGAGAGACCGUUAAACUCCUGACAGUUCUCAAGGGUAAAGACAUAGAAAGAGGAAGACAUUUAUUUCACAUUUAUCGCAAUCGAGCUGGAAUCUUGGAUUUGAACUCAGAGGAUGUCAAAGAAAAGGCUACCAUACUCUUCUUUUAAACCAGCUUUAUUCAGGCUAGAGCAAAGGCUGGACGUUGUGGAUAUCCAGUUUGACAAUCUUCAAAAAAGAGCAGACAAGUUAACUCAUCAAUUAGAUGGGCAAGGAGAGUCCUUAGUUAGACAGAAUGGAGAAGAUGAUAUGUGGAUGUCUCUUUUGGAAGACAGUUUUUCUACUUAUGAUCGGAACCUGAUCUACAGCUAUGUGUUUGACGCACUGAGACUACUUCAUUCCCAAGUAAAAGAGCAGCUUCCAGAUCAGAUGAACGAGCUUCCUACAUUGGCUGCAGUACUGAAACUGAAGGUGAAAAGACACAAAAUAAGACGUGCAUUUAAUGAGGGGCUGAAGUCAUUGGCGCUUUCUGAGGAGCAACUUAACUCUUUGUGCAUAUUCUUCAUCACCUAUUGUCAAGAAGCAGGAUAUUUACCUCCGGAAGAACGUCACACGUGCGCUAAUGAUGUCACUGAUAUGGUUGGGCAUGUUGUAAAGAACCAACUGUUAAAACUAAGUCUACAAAAUGCAGUGCUUGCCAUAGAGAACUACAAAGUCAAAAAGAUGGGUUCUGAGGUCUGAAGGGUUAAGAAUAAUAUAAUUUAAGGGAUAUAAAAAAAACAAAAAUUAUUUUGUUAUUCAGAUUGAACAUAUAGGGCUAGAUUACAAGUGGAGAGCUAUUUAACGCUCCCGCUUGAGCGUUAACUGCGCUAGAAGUAAGCUUUUGCGUGUGUCGGGUUGCGCUCAUAUUAUGAGUUGAAAGUAAGCUGUUUUUGCUUGCGAGCUAACGUGACAAAAAGCCGAACUUAGAAUAUCACGCGUGCGUUUACCUAUUCCCCCAUAGAAGUUAAUGGAGCAAAAAAGGUGUGCGUGUGUGUGUGUGUGUGUGGGGGACUUAACACCCUAAUAGCACUCAAACACGAUUGCGUAUUCUCAAGUGAACCCAACAUGAAAAUAUUAAUAUUUUUACAUUCCAAAGUUCUGCACAUAGCAGAAUAUGUUCUAUUUAUUCAUAAAUACAUAUUUCUACAUAUAUCUGAGGGUUUUUUUGGUAAAAUAUAUAUUUAUGCCUCUCUAUAUAUAUGUAUGAUUUUAUAUAGAUAGAUAGAUAUAUAUAUAUGUAUGAUUUUAUAUAGAUAGAUAGAUAGAUAGAUAUAUAUAUAUGUAUAGAUAUGUAUGUAAAAAUGCAUAGAACUUAUUCUGCUACGUGCAAAACAUUAAAAUGUGAAAUAUUUACAGUAAAUACACAGUAUAACACUUUAUUAAAUAUGAAUAUUGUAUAAAUAUGUUUUUACUUGUUUUUAUCUUCUUUACUGUGAAGGGCUCCAAUGCAUAAGUAUUUAUGUGUUUAUAUGUGUAUAUAUGUCUGUAAAUACAUACACACUAUAUAUAUAUAUGUACAUACAGUAUAUAUAGACAUAUAUAUAAAUAUAUUUAUUUAGACAUAUAUAUGUAUGUAUCUUAAUAGUCCUUUGUCUCCUUUUUUCUAACACCUGACAUCUCAUAUCUUUGAGCCUUUAUAACUUUUUUUAAAUGAUUGUUAUUAGCUGGUGUUAACUGUGUAACUGUACUUUGUAAUGUAAUGUUGAUGUGUUUUGUGACACCUUUUUGUUUCUCGAAACAGUUAACCAGAGCUCUGAAUUCACGCUAACCCGAAGCGUUAACUUCAAUUGCGCUCAAGCGAUCGUGUUUACUUUCAACUUGUAAUACGAGAGGAAAACCUGACGUGCGCAAACAGCUGAGAUAGACCCCUUAUCGCUCGUGCUUAACUGUUAACGCGCCGCUCGUAAUCUGUCCCACAAUAUUUAAAACGUUUCAAAUGUACUUCUAUUACCAAAUUUGCUUUGUUCCCCUGAUAUUCUGCGUUGAAGAGAUACCUAGGUAAGUGUUUUGUGUACUACAUAGCAGGAAAUAGUGCUGCCAUCUAGUGCUCGUGCAAAUGGCUAAAACUGCUGCCAUAUAGUGCUUCUGACACGUGCACGCUCCUGACCUUACAUCCCUGCUUUUCAACAAAAGAUACCAACAGAAUGAAGACAAAUUGAUUAUAGAAGUAAAUUAGAAAGUUCUUUAAAAUUGCAUGGUCUAUCUGAAUCAUAAAAUAAAAAGUUUGGGUUUCAUAUCCCUUUAAAUAUAACCAUGAACUAAAGAUAUAGGGGAUUGUUAUCCGGCUGCACAAAUAAUGUGGCUAUUAAAAAUCAGCUGUCACAUUAUGUUAAAUAGCAGCUCUGUUUUUUAAGCUGAUAUCCAACCCUUGCUGUCAACUAAAACUUAUUAUUGGAGUGAGAUAUUGCAUAGUGUAUUCUUAUCAUCCAUAAAUGCAAGGAUUGCCUCUAAAGAGUUACAGCAAUCUCAGUAGAAUGUUAACCUUCCUUAAUUCCUUGGGGGGUCCCUAUAGUCCUGAUGAUUCAUACAAAAUCAACUCUAUACUUUUUUGUAUUUCUACCAUAGACUAUGUAAGUUUGGUAUUUAGCCACUAGAUGGUAGCAUUGCUCUAUGCAGCAACAAUCCCAAUAUGCCAUUGUUUAAUAAAGUUUUUAAAGUAAUUGUUACAAGUUUUACCUUAGGCUGUAAUGUUCACAGUAAUUGAAUUCCUGAACAGAUUUUCUACAGAACUGGUAGAGUAAAAGUGUAAAUAUUUUAACUUUCUAAAACUUUAAUUCUGAGGGAUGCACUUUGGACCCAAUAGACUAUCUUUAUAGUGUUCAUAAGAUUCAUAAUGGUGAGAAAGGUAAGAUGCUUUUAUGCUGUUUGACAUAUGUACCAUUGUAAGAAAGUAAAAAAAUAAUAAGGUGCUAAUAACAUCAGAAAAUUAUUGGACAUUAUAAAGAUUUUGAAAAUGAGCCUAACGAGUUUUUGUUCCUUCAGUGUAUAUAGGAUUAAUAGACAUGCGUGGAGAAGAUGGUUUAGGAUUUAUAGUUGUAGCGGGUUCAACACAUAGGGGCCGAAUUAUCAAGCUCCGAAUGGAGCUUGAUGCCCCUGUUUCUGCGCAAACCUUCAGGCUCACCGGAAACAGCAGUUAUUAAGCAGCGGUCUAAAGACUGAUGCUCUGUAACUUGUGCGCCUUCUCUGAAGCUGCGGACAUCAAUCCGCUCGAUCCUAUACGAUCGGGCUGAUUGACACCCCCUGUUAGCGGCCAAUUGGCCUUGAAUCUGCAGGGGGCAGCAUUGCACAAGCAGUUCACAAGAACUGCAUGUGCAAUGAUACAUGCCGACAGCGUAUGAUGUCGGCAUUUAUCGAUGUGCGGCGGACAUGAUACGCUUCAUCGUAUCAUGUCCGUCCGCACUUUAAUAAAUCAGCCCCAUAAAGUUAAUAGAUGUAGUUAGUCCGGUGUGUAUAAGGUUUAUAAUGUUGUGGUACGGUUAUUAUAGGGUUAAUAGUUGUGUGGGAGAUUACAGAACUUAUGAGUUAAAGAAUGGUAGUGGGUCCAGCAUUUAUAGGGUUAUUUUUUAGCUGUGGGAAGUCCAAUAGGUUUUUAUUCAGUACCACUGUGACAUUUACAGCAAUGAUUACUAGGGCACUGGUUGAUUUGGGGGAAUCAGUGUGUAGAAAUAACACUCAUACAUCUAAUAUACCAUAUACUUAGUUCCUUACAGUUGUUAUUACAGGGUAAACAAACAAUAAUAUUUAGUGACAGCCUGCAAUACAUUAGAAAUAGUAAGGGAAAUGUGAUACAGCUGCAAAUGAAAAAUCAACUACAAAAAUCUGUCGCUCCAUUUUCUGGUAAACGUCCCAUUUUUGCAGCUCAGUUGAGAUCUAACUAUGGGAGUAAAAUGGAUAAAAUUUGCAAUAUUUCUCUGUAUUUGUAUCUUCUUAUCCUCCAGAAAAGUAGUGAGUGCUGCUAUAAAAGCUACACACAUGUCAGUGACAUUUUCUAAGUACCACCAGGGGCCUUGCAGACUAAACAAGUCUCAUUGUAUCAGCUUGUUGUUUUAUUUAAAUGCUAUGUUAACACUAGCGUUCUGUGCAAGCAAUGGCCUAGAUUACAAGUGGAUGUGUAGUGCAAAAGGUUUUGGAAUGCGCCUGAUACAUAUAAAGUGUCUUAUUAAUGUUGUUAUUGCUCACUAUCCAUUCUUAUUAAACUUUUAUGUUUUGCAUUCAAAUACACAUUGAAAAACAAUAGAAAUAAAUGAAAAACUCCACUGUCUAAA